AUGUCGCUCACAAACGCAACUCCCCUGGAAGUAGCGAAAGCGGCCCAAGUUGGCUCUCGCAGGCUUGCGGUUCUUUCCACAGACGAGCGCAAUGCUGCGCUAACUGCAAUUCACAAGGCUUUAGCGGAGGGCAAAGAUGAGGUCCUUGCAGCCAAUAAGCAGGAUCUGGAGGAUGCGAACAAGGCUGCAGCAGGCGGGACGCUAAGCCAGAGCUUGGUAAAGAGACUGGAUCUGGGGAAGACGGGCAAAUAUGAGGAUAUGCUGCAGGGUAUCUUGGAUGUGAGGGACCUCGAAGACCCAAUCAACAAAACCACGGCACGCACCCUCUUAGACGACAAUCUCAUCCUCUCCAGAGUAACCUGCCCCAUUGGCGUCCUCCUCAUCAUCUUCGAGGCCCGCCCUGAAGUCAUCGCCAACAUCUCCGCCCUCGCCAUCAAAUCCGGCAACGCCGCGAUCCUCAAAGGAGGCCGUGAAUCCUCCCACAGCUUCGCCGCCAUCGCCACCAUCAUCUCGCGCGCCCUCUCCACCACAGCCGUCCCCUCAGACUGCCUCCAGCUCGUCCAAACCCGCGAUGCCAUCGCCGACCUCCUCAAGCUUGACACCUACAUCGACCUGUGCAUCCCCCGCGGUGGCAACGAGCUCGUCCGCUACGUCAAGACCACAGCCUCGAUCCCCGUCCUCGGCCACGCAGAUGGCAUCUGCAGCACCUACCUCUGCGCGGACUACCCCGCCGGCAAAGCCGUGCGGAUCCUCGUCGAUGCAAAGGCGUCGUACCCCGCAGGCUGCAAUGCCCUGGAGCAGCUCCUCGUCGACGAAGCCGCGCUCACGACCUCGCUACCCACCGUUGCAAAAGCCCUCCUCGCAUACGGCGUCUCCCUCCGCUGCGACGCGGCCUCCCUGUCCGCCCUGAAAGGCGCCCUAGACCCGGCUUCCGCAGCGAUCCUCCAGGAAGCCACGGAGGAAGACUACCGGACCGAGUUCCUCGACCUGGUCCUCGCCAUCAAGACGGUCAAGAGUCUGGACGAAGCAAUCGCACAUAUCAACGCGCACUCCAGCCACCACACCGACGCCAUCCUGACUCUGGACCCCCAGGCCGCGAAGACGUUCCUCGCGGCCAUCGACUCCAGCUCCGUCUACUGGAAUACGUCGACGCGCAUGGCGGACGGCCAGCGCUACGGCUUCGGCACCGAGGUCGGCAUCAGCACGAACAAGAUCCACAGCCGCGGCCCGGUGGGCCUAGAGGGGCUAACGAUAUACAAAUGGACGAUUGUGGGGGAUGCCCAAGUCAGUGCGGACUAUGGGGCGGGCGGCAAGAAGUGGAAGCACGAGGUGCUGCUGGACGAGGGCGUGGCAAGGGACGAAGAUGAGCGGGAGGUGCUGAGGAAGUUUCGGGCUGCGAAGAAAGCGUGA